UCAUUGAAACGUUGGAAUGAAGAGAGGGGUUUGUGGUGCGAAAAGGGCGUUCAGGUACUGCUGACCACCGUAGGUGCAUUUGCAGCCUUUGGACUCAUGACCAUCGCCAUCAGCACUGACUACUGGCUCUACACACGAGCUCUCAUCUGCAACACCACCAACCUCACCGCAGGUGAUGAUGGACCACCCCACCGUGGGGGCAGCGGCUCCUCGGAGAAGAAGGACCCUGGGGGCCUUACACACUCAGGCCUCUGGCGGAUAUGCUGCCUGGAAGGGUUGAAAAGAGGUGUCUGCGUGAAGAUCAACCACUUUCCGGAGGACACGGAUUACGACCAUGACAGCGCGGAGUACCUGCUCCGAGUGGUCCGGGCCUCCAGCAUCUUCCCGAUUUUGAGCGCCAUCCUGCUGCUGCUCGGGGGCGUGUGCGUAGCUGCCUCCCGCGUCUACAAAUCCAAAAGAAACAUCAUCCUGGGCGCGGGGAUCCUGUUCGUGGCAGCAGGCCUGAGCAACAUCAUCGGGGUGAUCGUGUACAUAUCUGCAAACGCGGGCGAGCCGGGCCCCAAGAGGGACGAGGAGAAGAAAAACCACUACUCGUACGGCUGGUCCUUCUACUUCGGCGGGCUGUCCUUCAUCCUGGCCGAGGUGAUCGGCGUGCUGGCCGUCAACAUUUAUAUCGAGCGCAGCCGCGAGGCGCACUGCCAAUCUCGCUCGGACCUGCUCAAGGCCGGCGGCGGCGCGGGCGGCAGUGGCGGGAGCGGCCCCUCGGCCAUCCUCCGUCUGCCCAGUUACCGCUUCCGCUACCGCCGCCGCUCCCGCUCCAGCUCCCGAGGCUCCAGCGAGGCAUCGCCGUCGCGGGACGCGUCUCCCGGCGGCCCCGGGGGUCCGGGCUUCGCCUCCACGGACAUCUCCAUGUACACGCUCAGUCGCGACCCGUCUAAGGGCAGCGUGGCUACGGGGCUGGCGGGCGCCGGGGCCGGCGGCAGCGGCGGCGGCGUGGGCGCUUACGGCGGGGCGGCCGGAGGCACGGGGGGAGGCGGGGCGGGCGCCGAGCGGGACCGCGGGGGCACAGCGGGCUUCCUCACGCUGCACAACGCCUUCCCCAAGGAGGCGGCGUCCGGCGUCACGGUCACGGUCACCGGACCGCCCGCUGCGCCCGCGCCCGCGCCUCCCGCUCCUGCAGCACCCGCGCCUGGGACCCUGUCCAAAGAGGCCGCCGCGUCCAACACCAACACGCUCAACAGGAAAACCACGCCCGUGUAG